AUGUCGCUUCUCUCUGUACUCUACCUAUUAACGCUGAUAAACUCGCGCAACGAUGACGACACCAUGCUGAAUGUUGUCCAGCAGUGCGCCUGCGCUCGGUCGUCGCCAUUCUGGGACGUGUUCCCUUCGAGAUGUCCCUGUGACGUGACGCGUCGCUUGAGUACACGCCGCGGCCCCGGCGGUCGCGAUUCUUGUACCAGGUUCUGGAGUGGCUUGCAACUUGUCUCCCUCCAUCACCGUCUCGCGCCAGGGCAACAGUGCCCACGCGUAGCAUCGAGCGGUAUUCCUACCGUCACGGUGUUCUCUCGAGUCGUCGAAGAAAAGGGCCACCACGCACCACCGCUUGCAUUUCUACGAGCUCCUCUCACCUUACAGACCAUGGCAAUGGCCUCCACCACGACUACUGACGCAAACGCAUCGCCACCCACUCCAUUCUACCUCUCACCGCUUUCCCACUUCCUCCUCCGAGGCAUUUACUCGGAGGGUAAGAAGAGUUACGAGCGACUAUGGCACAAGCGCGAUCAGGCCUUCAUUGCGGCUCACCCAUCCGCUUUCGACGCCGCGCAACCCAAAAUCAUUCCUCGUCUGGAUGACGGGAAGAAGAUGGUGGGGAGAUUUCGGAAACGCAUACGGAGACCCUGGAUUAGAACGUGGUAUAUCGUGCAGAAGUUUCACUGCCCCUUCAGCAAGAUAAAGCGCAUACAUGGCCCCAGUAAACUUCGCCUCGAGAUUACUGCCGACGAAGCCGAAUGGUCUGCCGUAGACUUUACGCCCAUACGUUCGAUGCUUCUCAUCGAUGGUCGCCGCGAUCCUAUGAAAGACCUAUGGCUAUACCAGAUCGUUCGGGGCAAGAAAACGUUGGUUCUCGUGCGUGUGUACGUGAAAAGGUUGCGGAAGGUCCCGAAGGAUAACGACGCCGAGAUGUGGGAGGAUUUGUUCGGGAGGUAUAAGGAAGAUAGGUCACUUUUGGGAGACAAUGAGAGGGCGUUGGAUAGGAGGGGAUGCUGGAGGGAUGGGAGGGUGGUCCAGGUUGUUGAUGACGAGAUCUUCCCGGGAUGGGGGGAGAAAUACGAUGAGGAGUACGAUGAGGAAGAGGAUUAUCGUGAGAAUGCGGCGCUCAUCGACAUCGAGAAUGCGCUCCCGUCCUCAAGCGCCGUUACAGAGACUACCUGCGACCUUUCGACUGCCACUGAAACUGCAGUAAAGAAGCGUCGGCGGGAUGAUAGCGAUGAUCAGGGAGAUCAGGGUUCGACGAUGGCUAUCAUCAAGAGGACGCGCGUAUUGUGA